GUUUCUCCUCCGGCCAAUUCAAAUCAUGUUUCGUCGUCUAAUUCUCCGCCAAGCAGCCGCCGUAGCCGCGGAAUCGAAGAUUGCUCGUCAUCAACUCCAUGGAUUCGAUCAGCGAAGAGGAUUACACAGCAGGAACAAGAAGGCAAUGGAGUAUGUAGCCAAAGGAUGGAGCGCGAUUAAGGAAGUAGACAGAUUUAUCGAUUACUGUGAACUCAAUGAUCGACGCCUUAUACCUCUCCUCAGGGGAGCUAAAGAGAACUUUGAACUUGCUCUGGAAGCUGAUAAUUUAAACACUCAUGCUAGAUAUUGGCUUUCCAAGUUGCACUUGAAGUACCAUGUUCCUGGACGUAUUUAA